AACGUCACAAUCAAAGGUGAAAAUGAUGUCACAGUGUCAGUGUAUGAUGAGAUUCUUCAAUGAAUCUGGUAUGUUCGACCGUAUCAUGGUAUUUUUGCACAAGAAUUGUGCAACUAAACUAUCAGUUACUGUUACUUUCUCUAUCAGAAGCUAGCUGGCGUUGUUCGAGAAUCGGAAAGCAGUUAUCCGAGCUGAACGAGAGACUCGUGGAGAAGUACUUGAGGGGGCAGGGUGGACAGUCACCUCGGCUUCAGAGCUAGUUUGCCAGGGCCGAAUUUGACCUGCAGAUUUCUCAAGUAACUUAGUUUCAUUCUCGUAGAUCUGCUAGGUACUUCUACUUCUACUUUAAUAGUGGACACCUGUUUCUACUAGUUUCUAAGUUCCUUGGCUCUACUUACUGCACGCAUUCUGAAGGAGAUACUGUAGAUGAGCGCUGGAGGUGCAGUGUGGACGUAGCUGUGCCGUGUGCUUGUGCUGGGCGGUGUGAGUUGUGGGCUCGGUGAAAGCUGCACGUGAAUGAAAUUAUUUGAACCCACACCAGUGAAGUAAUUCGCGUGCACCUACUCGUACUGGCCCCAGCGGGUUGUGAGCCGUGAUGUCUGGCUUCCUGAGUGGCGGUGGCAGUAUGGACUCUUCUAGCGCGGCGGGAGUGUCAGUGGAUGGUUACACGAACCACCACCAACAGCAGCAGAACAUGGCUGUGGACGAGCUGGGCUCGCGGGCACCGUGGAGGCACAGCGUGGCCGGCGAGCAUGCCUCCCUGCCCGCGCUCAGCACCGACCUGAAGAGUGCGCCGGCUCUGAAGCGCUUCGGCAUCGCCAAGGAGCGCAUCAGCUCGCUGUUCGCGGACGCUCGCAGUCUGCUGGAGGACAGUGUUCAGCGGCUAGCGGACGUAGGGGAUUGCGGCGAGGACGUGUCGCAGUUGCUGGCCGGCACACGCUCGCUGCUGGAGCAGAACCGCAGCAAGCUGAACAACGUUUCCGAGAAGGUCAAGAGCAACCAGAUGAAGGUGGCGUUCUUCGGCCGCACCAGCAACGGCAAGAGUUCGGUGAUCAACGCCAUGCUGCGCGACCGCAUCCUGCCGUCCGGCAUCGGCCACACCACAAGCUGUUUCUGCUGCGUGGAGGGCACCGGCGAAGGCACGCCGUACCUGCAGCAGAAUAACUCACCGCAUCGCCAGAGCGUACAGACUGUCCAGCAACUGGCCCACUCGCUGCACAAUGAGAAGCUGGAGAGUCGCUCGCUGGUCAAAGUCUACUGGCCACGUGAGAAGUGUGCAAUGUUACGCGAUGACGUCGUCCUACUGGACAGUCCUGGUAUUGACAUCAGUCCAGAUCUGGACACAUGGAUUGAUACGCACUGCACCGACGCCGAUGUGUUUGUGCUCGUGGCCAACGCCGAGUCCACGCUCAUGCAGACGGAGAAGAACUUCUUCCACAAACUGUCGCAGAUCUCGUCCAAGCCGAACAUCUUCAUCCUGAACAAUCGCUGGGAUGCGUCGGCCACGGAGCCGGAGAUGAUGGAGGAGGUCCGGAAGCAGCAUCUACAGCGCAACCUGGAGUUCCUGUGUGAUGAGCUGCAGGUGUCUAACAGAGACGAGGGCAUGGACCGGGUCUUCUUCAUCUCAGCCAAGGAGGUCUUACAUCUGCGCAUGGUGGAGCAAGGGAAGACGUCAUCAGUUAUUCCGCUGGCGGAUGGCUACCGUCUGCGCUUGCAAGAGUUUGAGCGCUUUGAGAAAUCGUUUGGGGAAUGUAUCUCCAGUCAUGCUAUCCGUACUAAGUUUGGUGAGCCGGCUAGGGCAGGCUUGAACAUGGCCUCACACCUUCAGGACUCGCUUGCCAACUUCAAACAGCAAAUCAUCCAACUACGCGAGGGCUGCGAGACGAGUCUGCGCGAGUGUCGCGACAGCCUGCAGACACUGCGGCGCGAGGCGGAGGCGUGCCGGCAGGAGUGGAAUCACCGCAUCCAGCACAUGCGCUCGCACGCCCAGGACCAGGUUGCCACGGCAGUGUCCAAUGAGCUCCGCCGCCUCUGGAGCAUGGUCGAGCAGUUUGACUCUCCGGUGGCGUUUCAAGAACAAGACACGCUGGCCUAUAAGAUGGAGUUGUGCGAGCACAUUUCGGCAAAUCUUGGCCAGCAGCUCCUGACGAACUGUUCGCAGCAAUUGUCACGUGAUUGCGUUGCAGCGCAGCAGGAAAUGUUCGACCGUUUGCAGCGUGUUAUUCCGCCGGCUGUGGCUGUCCUGUCCUCGACAAUGUUUAUUAGGCCAAGUUUUCGCAUCACUCACGACUUGGAUAUUGUGAAUCUUUGCUCGGACUUUGAAGCCGAUCUGCGAUUCCAGUUUCGCUUUGGAUGGACAGCUCUAAUUCAGUGGCUUGCUGGUGGUGGAAGUGUACAGAGGUUUACCAUCUCAGCCGUACCAGCAUUGAUGCGAACAGCCAGCAUCAGCGGUCGUAGCAGUAGCAGCAGGACGUCACAUGACGUGGAAGCCGGCAGCAUGUCCUCGUUUGGCCUCCCGCCAGGCAGCGCAGCAGCGGGGUCAGCAGCUGUGCCCGACGGCAACACGGCCGCUCAGAAUGCAGCCAUGGUGCAGAGCUUGCAGAGUGGCAUGAUGAUGGCGUCCAGUGUUGCGGCACAAGCACCCUGGCUUAUGGUCGGUGUCGGCGUUCUCAUGUUCAAGGUUGUUGGAUGGCGUGUGGUUGUCAGUGGUGUGGGUAUCUACGGCAGUCUGUACGGCUAUGAGCGGAUCUGCUGGACAACACGUGCUAAAGAACGGGCCUUCAAAGAACAGAUGGUAUAUUUUGUAACCGAGAAACUCAAGGUUGCAGUGUCGUUCAUCAGUAGCAGCUGCAGUAGUCAAGUACAGCAGCAACUGUCAUCUUCACGUGACCAGUUAUCAGGUGAACUGAACACAGCACAGAACAGUCUGCAGAGGCAGCGCGUGGCACUCGAACAUAAGAUUGCUCAUCUUGUUCGUCUGGAGGCAGAGAUGCAACAGCUGCUGAACCUCGCUUCGUUCUCACGUGGUGGUUUUGAGAGGUUCAUGAACGAGCUGAGUGGCUUGGUGGAUGACUGAGACCAGAGGGUGAAUGUUUUAAAACAGCUUACGUAGCAUCACCACCGUGCUGGCAAAGCGUUCAGCUCAUCUCAAUGCUCUUCUGGAGUACUGGAGUACUGGACUCAGUGUGCUCUAUGUGCUAUGGCUGUUGUUCAGUGCUUGUGGAGGCUCUAAACACGCUUGUGUUGUCCCUACACAGUAAACACACAUGCACACACACACACACACGCGUGCACACACACACACGCGCACACACACACACACACACACACACACACACACACACACACGCGUGCACACACACGCACUCGUGCACACACACACACGCAUGUGCACGCACAUAAUCCGUGCUGAGAGACGAUUGCUGGCGUUGUUGGUGCACGUCCGGUUUUCGCGUCGUGGCAUGCUGGCGCCCAUGCCAGCAGUCACUGGUGGAUUUGUGUGUCGAGGCGCGCGCGCAUGCACGAGUGCGCCAGCGAGUGUGUUGCAGAGCUUGCCAAGCGCCAGUGUACGAGAUGUUACUCGUAUCAACGAGUAACAUUCCGUUGGCCGUGUUUCAUCCCUGUGAAAAUGAUCUGGCCGCUGCCUGAGGAUAAUGUGCUUUGCUUGGCGUACUGUGGCCGCUGUGCCUGGCUGCUGCUGAUUGGCUGUAGCCAUGGGAACUACACCGCUUGACCGGAGCAAGCCUGCGUGUGCUGGCGUGUUCUGUUGCCAUGUGGCAUGGACUGGAUGCGUGUGUGUGUGUGCAUGUGUGUGCGUACGUAUGCACGUGUAUUGGUGCAUACACAUGUCCGCCUAGUCAUCAUGCCGGCAUCAACUCCGCAGCUCGUUGCUGCAAGUUGCUUUUUUUGCAUUGCAUAAUUUUUGAUUCUAGUUUGUGCGGGGCGGGGGUGCACACGUGUCGGUACAUGAGGACACUACAGUACUCGGCGGCCGUAGAAAGACUUUUGCUAUUUUUGUGUUUCUUCCUUCUUUCUUGUGAAUGUGCGUUAGGCGCCGGAAGCACAGGUUUUAUUUGAGUUUAGCUUUCUUUUCUUUAUUAGAAUUUACAAUAUUAGAAUUUGGAUGUAAUGAGUAGCUCCUUGAGUAAUCAUAUUACACCAUCUGGUCAACCUUGGUUCAUCUUGGAUCGGCCGAUGUGCUUAUGAUGCAGCUAAUGUGUAAUCACGUGACUAUUACAGCAUCCCACCAGCAUCAUGCCGGUAUCACAUCA